UAAAAAAAAGACAAUUUUGUACAAGUAAAAAAUGUCUAUGAAUGAUAAUUGUCAUUAUUAUAUUUAAAGAACUUUUAAACUUUUUUUUUAAACAGGAAGUGUUUUCAACGCUCUUAUCUACCACGUAAUUUUGAAUGAUGUGUACUUGUUUCAAAUGGAGUUUAUUGAUUAUGUGAGCAAUGGUUGCUUCGUCUCUUAUUGUCAUCGCUGCACAGAAGUGCUUGUGUGUCCGUAAGAAACGUUUAAGUUCAUCGACAUGUCUAAAUUUAACUGUUCAAAUAUUGGCCGUGGAUCUGGGAGUCAAAUAUGCCGUGCUGUACGACUGUAAUGCAGCAUCACCCGAACAAAUCCAGCUAUUCCUCAAAUCUCUGCAGGAAUUAGGAAUUGUGAAAAAUACACUUCGGGUGCUCUCCAUAGAUGACAACACCAUCAUUUUUAAUCCUACCGCAAUGGAGUCCUACCUGAACGAACUGCUUCAAAACAAACAACGAGUCUUUCUUAUUGACGUAAGUCCCUAUAGAAAACAGCCAGUCUUGACUGACUUUGAAGAAAGAAUCGAGGAUAUGAUCAAAUCUCUUUCAGGAUUAAUCAUUAAUGGGGUGGACGAAAGCUCAUCAGUCAUUGUGGUAAACAAUGAGAUGUAUAAUGAGUGGAACUUGUGCACUCUCUUUGGAAUCCUGUUAGGUUAUCCAGCAACUUACUGGUUUGACCAAACCAAGGGAUUUGAAAAUUGUUUGUCUAUGAUACCACUGGCAACGUGCACUGUUCGUGUCAAGUGGCAGAUAAAUGACAUCGAUCAUUGCAGUUGUCUGUACUCAUUCAGUAUUCCAGAUGAACUGUGGGGGGAAUUACAAACUCAUAUGCAGCAGUGGACUGAGAGUCUGAGAGAAAGAUUUAACAAACAGACAAUUUUGUCCGAUUUCUGCUUUACUAGGGAUAUUAUCACAUUACCUGCCGUGACUCUGUGACCAAACCACAUAUUUUUCAUGUUAAUAAUACAAACUGAUAAUAAACUUUUUUGCCAUCAUUAAUCGUUUGUAUGAAGGUUGCAGAGAUAUUCUUACAUCAAUUAUUUACAUGUAUGGUAUUAGCCAAUCCAUUUUCCCUAAAGCAAAAUAUAGGAAAACUAUUGUCAUUG